AUGGAGGUGUGGGAUGACGAUCAAUGGGUACAGAACUUCAGGAUGAGUAAAGCAGCCUUCCUGGAGCUAUGUGCUGAGCUGGCCCCCGACCAGCGGCGCAAGGACACCAGAUUGAGAGCUGCCCUUCCGGUCGAGAAGCGUGUUGCGAUUGCUGUUUGGAAGCUGGUGAAUCCAGACUGCUACCGGCCCCGCUCGGAGGGAAGCCCUGGAGUUGAGCUCCCUGGCUCAGAAGCUGCUGCCUCCUCCAUUUUGAGCUGGGAGCCCGGACUGAGUAGCAGAGUCUGUGCCUGGGAGAGACCUUCAUUAAAGCCCCCACUGUGCCCAGCCUGGGCUGAGGAAUCACUUCCACAUUUCUCUCCAGAUGGUCCCGACUUCCAGGAGACAGGGAAGGGAAAUGGCUGUGAUGGAGCCAGCUCAGGAUUUCCCAUUCCCAAACCGGACCUGAUCGCCCGGCUGGAGCGAGGGGAAGAGCCGUGGGUCCCGGAUCUCCAGGCCGCUAAGGAAAGAGAGAGCCCAAACGGCACCAGCACAGGCACUGUCUGGAUUCCCUCUCUCCCAGCAGGUGAUAGGACAGUGAGUUUGAACAAGGAGGAAAAUCAGCAGCAUGAAGGUCCUUGGAAAGUGGAACUGCAGGGGACGUUUUUGAGAAGAGCUGAAGGGAAUUUUCACCAGUGCUUGGAACAGGGAAAAGCCUGGGGAGAUCAACACAGAUCAAAGAUUCAAGUGGGAAACUGUCCCAGAAAGAAAUUAAAUAAAUCCAUUGAACGCGGUGGAGGAUGCAAGGAUCCCAAGGAAACCACAGUCCAGCAGACAAGUCACAAUGAAGAGAAACCCUACAAAUGCCUUGACUGUGGGAAAAGAUUCCAUUUCAGUGCAAACCUUAUUAGCCAUUGGAGAACCCACACAGGAGAGAAGCCCUAUAAAUGCCUGUAUGGUGGUCAAAGUUUCAGUUUGAAAUCAACCCUUCAUACACAUCAGAAAACCCACACAGGAGAGAAACCCCAUAAAUGCCUGGACUGUGGGAAAACUUUCGGUCAGCGCUCAUACCUUAUUAAACAUGGGAGAAUCCACACGGGAGAGAGACCCUAUAAAUGCCUGGACUGUGGGAAAACUUUCAGUCAGCGCUCAGACCUUACUCAACAUGGGAGAAUCCACACAGGAGAGAAACCCCAUAAAUGCCUGGACUGUGGGAAAACUUUCCGUCAGCGCUCAGGCCUUAUUAAACAUGGGAGAAUCCACACGGGAGAGAAACCCCACAAAUGCCUGGACUGUGGGAAAACUUUCCGUCAGCACUCAGGCCUUAUUAAACAUGGGAUAAUCCACACGGGAGAGAGACCGUAUAAAUGCCUCGAGUGUGGGAAAAGUUUCAGUUUGAAAUUAACCCUUAAUACACAUCAGAAAACCCACACAGGAGAAAGACCCCAUAAAUGCUUGGACUGUGGGAAAAGCUUCAGACAGCACUCACAUCUUACUACUCAUAGGAAAAUCCAUACGGGAGAGAAACCCUACAAAUGCCUCGAGUGUGGGAAAGGUUUUAUCACAAAUUCAUCACUUACUGUACAUGGGCGAAUCCACACAGGAGAGAGACCCUAUAAAUGCCUCGAGUGUGGGAAAGGUUUUAUCAGAAGUUCAGCGCUUACUAACCAUAGGAGAAUCCACACAGGAGAAAGACCCUAUAAAUGCCUUGAGUGUGGGAAAAGUUUCAGUUUGAAAUCAAUCCUUAAUACACAUCAGAAAACCCACACAGGAGAGAAACCCCAUAAAUGCCUGGACUGCGGGAAAACUUUCAGUCAGCGCUCAUACCUUACUCUACAUGGGCGAAACCACACAGGAGAGAAACCCCAUAAAUGCUUAGACUGUGGGAAAACUUUCAGUCAGCAUUCAUACCUUACUAAACAUGGGAGAAUCCACACAGGAGAGAGACUAUAUAAAUGCCUUGAGUGUGGGAAAAGCUUCAGUAAGAGCUCAGCGAUUACCAAACAUCAGAGAAUCCACAAUGAUGUAAGAGACCCUAGAAACAGCUUGACUGCCGGAAAAGAUUUAAUUUGAUUUCCCACAUCAGUGACCCACACAACAGAGAGACCGUGAAUGUGGGGGAAGGUUUAUGUGCUGCUCCCGGAGUAUCGGGCAUCAGCAGAUCCACACAGGGAAGAAACUUCUGAGAUGUUCUCAGUGUGGAAAAUGCUCCAAGUGCAGGUAACCCCACAUUGGACAUCAGAGACUCCUCCGCACAGCAGGGAAAUUCUCUCAGGGCCCUGACUAGGGCUGGCCAUGGUGACAAAUCCAUUUCCUCAUUCCCACACACAUCAGGGGCGUUUGGCUCCCAAGGAUCCAUCUGCCCAUCGCUGGGGUGAGGAUUCAGCAGCAGCCAAGCAUCAGCUGGUCAGUGACCCACUGGCUCUGCCUGGUCUAAGCAAACCCCAGGCAGAGGAGGAGAAGCCCCGAUCAGCCCCUCCUCCCUGCUGCAGCCCUGCAGAGGUGAGAAGGAGGCCAAGGCUGUCAGGGGACUUGGGCAGCUUUCAAGCCAGGCAGACCCCCAUCAUGGAGGCCAGAGGGAGAUGAGGAGACUGACAGCCCAGCUGGUCACCCCCUCCUCAUCUACAACUGUGUCCUGUGUAUAGACAAUACUCAUUGUCUCUGCCCCACUCACCCCACACUCAUCCCUCUAACCUGAGCUCUUUGGCUUCCCUGCUCUCGGAGUGUUUCGUUUUGUGAUGGGGUUCCAGUGCCUCUCAUGGCUUCUCUUCACUUUUCUCCCAAUGUGUAGAUGUUGCUCUGUUGUGGGGCGUGGGAAAUGGGGGAGCUGGGGGCAGCAGUGGGCUGGGUUGGACUGAAUUGGGCUGGGCAUGGAGAAAGGAGUCUGCUACUUGCUUGUCCAUUUAAAUAAUAAAGUACAAUUUAAUUUCUCCCACUCCCAGUCUCCUUUGAUUUGCAUUAAAUGGCUGCCCCCUGAAGAGGUAAGGUGAAAGAUAAAGGCAAUGCAGACUUGUUCUGGGAUGGGAAUGCACAGUGAGGUCACCCCAUCUCGGUCACACGCGCCUCAAACUUCCCUUAGAGAUAAAGCUCUCUGAAAUCUUGUGCCCCUCUCCCUGACCCCAGUACAAACCAGGAACAGUCUGAUUGGGCUUCCGGGCUCAUCCUCCUCUCCCUUAUCCCAGUGCUAGUCAGGAGUAAUCCCACUGAGGCCAUGUGACCUGUUUACACCAGUGUGAAGUUGUUGUGAGAGGAGAAUCAGACCAUUGGCCUCUAGGUCUGUUUGCAAUCUAUGUGGUGGGCCUCCCAAGGGAGGCUCAGGAAUGUGUCAAGGGAGGUGUGACCUGUGGUGGUUUUUUUUUUUUUAGAGCACUGGCUGCCUUCUGAGCUGAUAAGUUUGUUUAAUCAGCAGUUUGGGAAGGCAAGGUUAGUGGAACAUGAAUAUCCCUAUACCUUACUGUGAUGGGUUGGAUCACAGAAACCCCCUUGGGAGCUGCCACUCGACGUGCAAAGACUACCCCUGCUCCUGUUUUCCCUGCCAGCUCACAGAAAUGUGCUUGUCUUUAGCACUCAGAUGCCCAAC